AUGACAGUGGAAAUCAAAGUCUCCAAAACGGACCCAUUCCGUUUGGGUCAAACAAUCACAGUUGGCGCGUCCAACUCGCCCCUAUGUCCUGUUUUGGCAAUGAAGAAGUACCUCUUGGUUAGAAAAACAACGGGUGGUCCACUCUUUGUUCAUGUUUCUGGAAAACCUCUUACCAAACAAACUUUAACGGCUGAGACUCGGAUUUUAUUAAACCACGCGGGUUUUAAUGCGUCACACUAUGCUGGUCAUAGCUACCGAAUUGGGGCCGCUACAACUGCAGCUUCAGCUAACUUGCCUGCGUGGCUCAUUAAAACUCUAGGACGAUGGUCUUCCGAUUGCUAUGAACGAUACAUUCGUAUUCCAUCUUUUACCCUGUCAAAGGUAUCUGCCACCAUCACUGCAUCAUUUAAUUAAAAAAAAAGGGGGGGAAGGGCGUUUUCGUCUAUGGGGAACACUCGUGUGUUUUUGGGGAAGAAGUAUUCCAAUAUGUCAACUUCAUUUCCCAUAGACUCCAGUAACGUCACAUAUAAAUAUAUAUUUCAAAUAAUAGGGACUGUCUAAGCGGUUCUGUGGACCUUAGACAGGUUAGGGACUGCCCAAGCGGGCAGGUUAGGGACUGUCCAAGUGUGCUCUUGGUCAGAUACGUCAGGGGGUCGCUACUCCUAACUAGCAUUAUCAGUUCAGUACAGUAUUAGGUAUGUGACGAUGAGGAGGGAUGUCGUUUGGCAUAAACACAGAGUACUUCCCCCCAAAACACCCCUUCUCCCACAAAACCAAAACGUGUGUUUUUUAUUGUGUUAAUUAUAGUUUAUAUUCAAUGAUUCAAUCUUUGGAUCAUUAAAUGGGCAUGUUACGCACUCAUGGGCUUAGCAAAGUGCUCCAGGCAUUAUAAUAAUGCUUGAUUUCUAAAGGUUUCCUUUUUUUUAUACACCCUGUAUAUAAUAGGGUGCUGUUAUCGAACCUACUUAUUAGCACAAUUUAUGUUCGAAUAGCGGUUUCCUUCUUUCCGUGUUAUUGAUAUGCUAAUCAUUCUAAUCGCUUCUCUUUUGUUUAAAUGACUUGCAAAUGCUGCAUUAUUUUUGUAAUUUAGAAUAUCCCAAACAAAGUUUUAAUACCCGUUUGUUUCUACAACAUGCGCGUCGCGUUUGUGCACAUAAAAUACUCUUAUGUCAAACUUUAUUUUAGUUUUUAAUAUAUUCCUAUUUAUAGGACGAUCCUGAUUCUGCCUUGGAACUGGAAAACUUGGCAACUUUUCCAAGACUG